UCCCCUCCCCCUACUGCUCUUUAAAAGCAAGCGCUUCUUCUAGUGUGUGCCUAACACAACGCUUGCACGGACACACACGCAUCCACACACACAUGCUGGCACAGCUGACAAACACAAACACACACAGUCGACUAACAUAAGCACGCUAAACACACUUCUGACAUACAGACACACGCGCACAGCGCUUAAACGGCAACACACUCACACGCUCGCACACAGGCUCAGGGGACCACCAUGGGGAGCAACGCGACCCACGUGUCCAGGGACGAUGACGAGGGUACCAACAAGAGGGCCAUCCAGUUCAACAACCAGGACUUCCAGACGCUGCGGGACCAGUGCCUACAGAGCAAGAUCCUCUUCCGCGACGACACGUUCCCUGCUCAGCCCGAGUCGCUGGGGCACAGCCAGCUGGGCCGGGACUCCCCUAAAACCGUGGACGUGGUGUGGAAGAGACCCAGGGACAUUUGUUCAAACCCACAGUUCAUUGUCGACGGAGCGCAAAGAACAGACAUCUGCCAAGGAGACUUGGGAGACUGCUGGCUACUGGCUGCCAUUGCCUCCCUGACCCUGGAUCAAGACAUCCUGGCCCGUGUGGUCCCUCCUGGGCAGAGCUUUCAGGAGAACUAUGCUGGGAUCUUUCACUUCCAGUUCUGGCAGUUUGGCAAGUGGGUGGACGUGGUGAUCGACGACAAGCUGCCCACCAGAGACGGAAAGCUGCUGUUUGUUCACUCGGCCGAGCACUUGGAGUUCUGGAGCGCCCUGCUGGAGAAGGCCUAUGCUAAGGUGAAUGGCUCCUAUGUGGCGUUGUCGGGGGGGUCCUCCACAGAGGGCUUUGAAGACCUCACCGGGGGCAUUUCAGAGGUUUACAUGCUGGACAAAGCACCCCCAUUCCUCUUCAAAAUCAUCAAGAAAGCCCUUCACCGGGGGUCCCUGCUGGGCUGUUCCAUCACUAAAACCAGUGCGGACGAGACAGAGGCCAGAACUCAGCAGAAGCUGGUGAAGGGCCACGCCUACUCUCUCAUUGCAGCUGAAGAGGUGCACUUGCGUGGGACCCCAGUGCAGCUGGUGAGGAUCAGGAACCCCUGGGGUCAUGUAGAGUGGAAUGGACCCUGGAGUGAUAACUCCAGAGAAUGGGACGGCGUUCGCCAAGAUGAGAAAGCCACGCUGAACUAUUCACCCGACGAUGGAGAGUUCUGGAUGGCAUACUCAGACUUCCUCAGGCAGUACUCUAAACUGGAGAUCUGUAAUCUCACGCCAGACACACUCACCAGUACCCAGGUCGGCCGCUGGAAUCACUGCCAGUUCGAGGGGACCUGGAGGGUGGGCUCCACCGCGGGGGGCUGCAGGGACAACCCGGCCACCUUCUGCUUGAACCCGCAGUUCUGGAUUCGGCUGAACACCGUGGACAAGGACCCCCACGACGGGAAGGACGGCUGCAGCUUCCUGGUGGGGCUCAUGCAGAAGGACUGUCGCAGAAAGGGCUGGGACUUCAACAGCAUCGGCUUCGCCAUAUACGAGAUUCCUGAUGAGUAUAAGGGCCGCUCUAAUGUGGUCCUUGGGCCGGACGUGUUGCUGCGGCAACGCGCCGUUGCCAGCUCCACCUUCGUCGACGAUCGUGAGGUGUGCGGCCGCUUCAAGGUCCCGCUGGGCGAGUACGCCAUCAUCCCCUCCACCUUCGAGCCCAACAAGAAGGGCAGCUUCAUCCUGCGGGUCUUUUUUUGAGAAGCAGGCUGCAGCCAGUAGCCCCAUGGAAAAGGGCAUCAAUGCAGAUGUUGGCAAGCCUGGACGGUGAUGUGGACCCCCAUUUCAUCCCCCUGGGGUGGGCUCCCUUGCCCCCGCACAUGCAGUUCAUGCAGUUUGCCGUAAAUGUGGGUUUUAAUGUGUCUAACUAUUUUAAUUCAAAAGAUUAAGUUCUGUACUUUUACAAUAAAUAUAUGAACAUAUACUGCAUGUAUAGAAGUCAAUGGCAAGAUGCACCACAGAUAUAACUGAGGUUUAUUUACAAAAAAUUGUAAAUGUAUGUCUCUUGUGGCAAUGAAAGUUGUUUAUAUUAACCAGUAAAUAAUUCAUAAAAUGUUA